AUGACGCCAACCAAUGAAAUUGCUUCUUCAGAACAUGUAAAAUCGUAUGAUAAAGAAAAUGAAGAGUUGCUUUUGAGUGACUUCCUUGAGGAUGAAAUCGCUUCCAAUGACGAAGCUCUAUUGAAUGCUAAUUUUGAUAAAGUAUGUCAGAUUGCUAGCAAAGAUGAUAGCGAUUUUUUGCAUGAUGCUCCGUUUCUUGGGGCCUACCAAACGCCAGCUAAAAAGAAAAUACUAUCUUCCAAAUCUGGCAUUUUGUUAUAG